AUGUUCGGGUACGGAGCGCUGGCGGCUCUCGGUGGUGUGGUCAUCUACGCAAAUUUGCCGACUCGUCUAACCAUUGGAGCAAUUGCGCCUACUGCAAGUUAUCUCGCUUCCGCAAAAUUGGUGAAGAUUGACGACGAGAAAAAUGUUGAUAAAUCGAAGGCCGUUGAGGCUUCGACCCUUUUCAAAGGUCCAACAAUGGUGAUGGCUGUUCGUCGACCAGGCUGCAUUUUGUGUCGUAGAGAAGCUGCACAUCUCUCUGAGCUGAAGCCUUUGCUCGACGAAAAGAAAAUCGGUUUGAUGGCCGUUGUGCACGAAUCGAAAGGAGUCAAUGAAUUAAAGCCGUAUUUCAAGGGUGAUGUCUACUACGACGCUGAGAAGAGCUUCUACGGUCCCAAUCAGCGAUGGCUACCACUGUGGAUGGGCUUUCUGCGAGUGAACACGUACCUAAACGUCUGGAGAAGCAAACAAGAGGGUUUCCACGGGAAUAUGGACGGUGAAGGACGCCUCUUGGGAGGAGUGUAUCUGAUUGACGGUGAUCGUCUCGUUUGGCAUCACUUGGAGAAAGAAUGGGGAGACGCUGCAAAUAUCGACGAGGUUCGCGAUGCGAUUAACAAGUUCAAA